AAAGCUGACAAAAUGUUUGUCUGUCUGUCAGAAUCAGGCUCUGGUUCGCGGUAGUCACGCGCAGAAACGUCACAGUAGCAGCUGAGAGGCUUACUUGUUGCAGAGUCACUUGCAUGUUUCUUUUGCCGGAUGAUGUGUCAGCCUGUGCUGUGGUGAAAUCUGUGUUUAGACGCAAGAUGAGGGAAGCGGCCGCCCUGCUCACACCCUGUGUGGUUCUCUGUCUCCUCCUGAGCUUCAGCCAGGCAGCCAGACAAGGACAGGACAUGAGAUGUGGAGCCUGCAGGGCUCUGGUAGAUGAGAUGGAGUGGGCCAUCUCCCAAAUAGAUCCAAAGAAAAUGAUCCAGACCGGAUCCUUCAGGAUCAACCCGGACGGCAGCCAGUCCAUCAGAGAGGUCCCUCUGGCUCGCUCCGAGGGAAACCUCCUUGAGCUUAUGGAGACCGUGUGUGAGAGGAUGGCUGACUACGGCGAGCACACAGAUUCUUCCACAAACAGGAAGUCCUACAUUAGGGUAAAGUCUCGAACUGGCGAGGCCAUGGACCUCUCAGAGGCCACGCUGGAUUCAAGAGUUACAAGCAGUUUAAAAUUUGCAUGUGAAACAAUUGUUGAGCAGCAUGAAGAUGAAGUCAUUGAAUUUUUCGCUCAUGAGACAGAAAAUGUCAAGGACAAACUCUGCAGCAAGAGGACAGACCUCUGUGACCACGCUCUGAAAAUACCCCAUGACGAACUUUGAUGUCAUCCAGCCAUGGCUGUCGUCUCUCCUCAGCAGAAAUGGAGACGUUAGGUGCUGUAAUGUUUUCAGCUGUCUCUUAUCACAGGUUUACGCCAUGGCAAUGGUGGAAGAUGUAAACACAUUUCUAUGUAAGACAGUAUAAAACCCACCUAAAAGUAAAAGGGUUAUUCCUGUGAUCUGUGACAAUUUAAGGACUAGUUUGCCAUUUUUUAGCCGUAUCUCUUUCAACCAUCUUGUCACUUGUACUGUCAGUUAUUGUACUUUUUAAUAUUCUGUUUCAUGUGAGGACACUUGUGCUGCCUUCAGAUGUUCUGAAACAGAAAAAAACAGAAACUGUGAAUCUGCAAAAGUGAAGUUAUAGUUCCCAGCGCAUAAAGGAUUUCUUACAGGAUUUCUUGUGUGUAUACAAGUAGCAUUCUUAAUCAAGGCACAAGUAGAGAGAGAGCAGGCUGAAAUUUGGUCAAGUGGUCCUUAAGUCCAUUUUCGUUUACAUUGAUAAAGUCUCCCAAAGCCAGUAAGAAGUAAAUUGAUGUCAUUUUUGUUUAUUAUCCAUAGUGAGUGGACAUUCACUACCAGCAAUCAGUGUCAUUUGAGUGUUGAUUUGAAAUUAGAAUUUUGUUUUAUUUUUUUGUUUACCAGUAUUUUUUUACUCUGUCUGUGAUCACAGGAAUAACUUGUUUCAAUUGAAUAUUUCCAUUAGAUUAUACUUAAAAGUUAAAGGCACAUUGUGUUAGAUCAGAAAUGAAGAGGAUUUGAGUGGAAUUAGUUUCACCGUUAUCCACGUGACAAUAUGUGCCUUUAUUGUUGAACAAAUAUUUCCCAUGUAAGGUCACACUCUUAAAAACAGUUUCAAAGUGUACAGCUCUUGGUUGCCCAUAUACUUAAACACACACACACACACACACACACACACACACAAACUGAGGACUUUCAUAUUUGUCUGACUACAAUGCAUUGAUUUGAAAAAUGGUUGAAAUGUUAAUGUUAUGAGGAGUUAAUGUUAACAUUGAUAGUGUCUGAAAAGUUCUACUCUCCCACCACGCAGCUCUUUUUAUCCAGAGCAGGAAAAAAAUAUAUUUAUACAGAACAAAGAAAAGAGUAUAAAGUAAGUAGAAAAUAGUUUAUAGUUCCAGGAGCAGAAAAGAAAACCCCUCUUUUUGUGAAACACUACAAAAAAAAACACAAUCACCUUUAAUAAUGAUAUUUAAAGCAUUCUGUUUUUACUUCUGACCUUCAAGAGUUGAAUUCUGUUUUCUUCAGUCUAGAAUUACUGAAAUCCAAUGUAAGCCCACUAGAGUGUGCUGUAGUCCAAAAUCUGAUAGUUAAAUCCAAAUGAAAGAAUCGUACUCAGCUGGAAAGUCUUCAUGCUGUACUGUUGAUGUAGAGUCAAAGUAUUUUUGGUAUUUGUUUAUUUUUCAAUGUAUGAAAAAAUGAAAUUGUGAACAUUCUUCCUUUCCUUUUUUUAUAUAUAAAU